AUCUGAUUUUUUUCUAGUCUUUUUGGUUUCCUCAUCCAUUCAACAAGAACACUUUCCUCCUUCCCUUCUUAAUUUGCUCGACUUCAUUCAGUUUUGCUAAUUGCCGCUCAAGAAUCUAUGGAUUUCGAUACAGCCAGCCAGAUGCCGCUCGGGCUCCGACUCUCCCUUGAGAGCAAUGAAGCUCCGAGAGAACCGCAAGUUGAUUCUUUUGUGCGAGAAAGCUUCCCCAGAAGAGAUGCCAUGGAAGUAAAGCUGCAUGAGAUCAGUGAAGAGAACAGGAGGUUGGCUGAGAUGGUGACUGACUUGCUUUUGAAUCAUAGAGGAUCCUUUGAUUUCUCGAGCAAUACCAAUCCUAGAGAAAAUGAACAAGCCGUCUUGUGGAAAGGGAAGAGGAUCGUCUUCUGCAAAGAUCCUAGCAGUGAGACAUUCAAUGAGCUUAGUGGACAGUUCAAGAGCAAUCCAUCAGAUGAAAAUCCAUGCAAAAGAUUGAGAGUGGACACCAUGGCCAAGAGCUCCAGGAUCUGUGUUCGGAGCAACCCUACUGAUUCAAGCAUGGUGGUAAAGGAUGGAUACCAUUGGAGGAAAUAUGGACAGAAGGUGACUAGAGACAAUCCAUUCCCCAGAGCUUACUUCAGAUGCUCCUUUGCCCCUUCAUGUCCUGUUAAGAAGAGGGUGCAACCAAGUGCAGAAGACAGAUCAAUCUUGGUGGCGACAUAUGAAGGUGAACACAAUCACCAACCCCCUUCAAGGGAUGAUGAACUCUGCAGUAGUCCAAGUACCCAACCAUCUCCCACUGGAUCCAAAUCUUCUGCUACCCAAACGAUUGAUCUUAACGCCAGUCAACAAGACAUGGAAGCUGAUAAGAUUGAUUUGGUUUUGAGAGAAAUGCUUGAAUUGCCAAACCUGCAGAGGUUGCUAGCUGAGCAGACUGCCGCGUCAUUGGCAAAAGAUCCAGACUUCACUGCUGCAAUUGCCCUUGCAAUAUCUGAGAAAAUGUUUCAACAGCCACCAACUUAAAUAGUAAUAGGAAUCUGGAUGAACACAACUUCUCUGGCUACUUGUUGUCUAGAUACAGGUGUAUCAUAUACUUAUAUGCUAAUAAUCCUCAAUAUGCCAAAACAUCAAUCGUUCAAUGCCAAACUGCUUUUAUAAACUCUCCUUGUUUUGUCUAUUUUCUUCAACAGUGGAAGCAACUGCUGAGCUAUUUGAAUCUUCCAUUGCUGGUCCCGGACGGCCAUAUGUUGUUCUAGCACCUGCAAAUUACUUGUCGAGAUGUAAUCACUUGAUAGUGCAAUUCAUACAGUUUUACAAAGAUAAGACUAAGAGCAUUUUCAAAUAUCCUGUAAUAUGAAAAAAACUAUAAAACCAGAGGAUUCUCCUAUUCU